AAACUAAGAUACGACCAUACGACUUUAAACCAAAAUGACCGUGCUUCCAAUCAACGAUGUGAUUCUUUCGGUUGAUUAAUUGGUCGGCUAAUUAAUUCCGCUUCUUCUUCCUCGCCGUGAAAAAAAAUCUCCUCCUUCCUUCUAUGCCCGAAGAGCCACCGCCGGAUCAAGGGUUUCUCCUAUGGAAACCCAAACCCCAGCGCACGGGCGGCGUAGCCUCCUUUUCCACCAGAUCUCCGUCCUCCUCCUCACCUUCUCCGCCUACGCUGCCUUCCACGCCUCCCGCAAGCCCCCCUCCAUCGUCAAAUCGGUCCUCGGCCCCGAGGUCGCCGCCUCCAACUCCUCCGCUGCCACCGCCGGUGCCGGCUGGUCUCCCUUCGACGGCCCCCGCGGCCCCCACCGCCUGGGCGAGCUCGACCUCGCCUUCCUCUCCUCCUACUCCGCCGGCAUGUACCUCGCUGGCCACGUCGGCGACCGGAUCGACCUCCGCCGCUUCCUCGCCUUCGGAAUGCUCGGCAGCGGCGUCUCCACCGCUGCCUUCGGGAUGGGAUACUGGUGGGGCGUCCACCGCCUCGGCUUCUUCCUCGCCGUCCAGAUCGUCAGCGGCCUCUUCCAGUCGAUCGGGUGGCCCUGCGUCGUCGCCGUGGUCGGGAAUUGGUUUGGGAAGUCGAAGCGGGGGCUUAUCAUGGGGCUUUGGGCCUCCCACACCUCGGUGGGGAACAUCCUCGGCUCCGUGCUGGCUUCCUCAGUCCUCGAGUUCGGGUGGGGGUGGUCGUUCGUGUUGCCCGGUGUUCUAAUCAUCGUCGUCGGCGCACUUGUUUUCGCGUUCCUGGUGGUGGAUCCGAGAGAUCUGGGGUUUGAAUCUCCGGCGAUGGAGAUUGAGAUGAAUGAUGCCGGUAAUGGAGUGGUGGAAAGCGCCGUUGAGACAGAUGGGGAAGAUGUUGGUCUUCUUGAAUCAGAGGAAAAGUCCGGUCUGGACUCGAGGGAAGCCGAUUUGGAGUCAAAGGCAGCUAUUGGUUUCUUGGAGGCAUGGAGGCUGCCCAAUGUGGCGCCCUAUGCUUUCUGCCUUUUCUUCUCCAAGCUUGUGGCAUACACUUUCCUCUAUUGGUUGCCAUUUUACAUUCGGCAAACUGCUGUGGCUGGCGAGCACUUAUCGCACAAAACUGCAGGAAUCCUUUCAACAAUAUUUGACAUUGGAGGGGUAUUCGGUGGCAUUUCAGCAGGAUUCAUUUCGGAUAGUCUUGGUGUUCGUGCUCUGACUUCAGUUCUAUUCCUUAUGUUCUCAAUCCCAUCACUUAUUCUUUAUCGAAUAUAUGGAAGCGUAUCAAUGCACCUCAACAUCGGACUAAUGUUUCUAUCUGGCUACUUUGUAAAUGGCCCAUAUUCGCUUAUUACCACAGCUGUUGCAGCUGAUUUGGGUACUCAGGACACAAUUAAAGGCAAUUCACGAGCAUUAGCUACUGUAACAGCCAUUAUUGAUGGUACAGGUUCUGUUGGGGCAGCUUUGGGACCUUUACUUACAGGGUACAUUUCAACUCGGGGAUGGAACAGUGUUUUCUUGAUGUUAAUUUUUUCAACUUCUCUGGCAAUUAUGUUUUUGAUACACAUUGCAAAAGCUGAGGUUAUUAGCAAGAUGAGUGAGAGAACAUAGAUUAGGAUAACAAAAUGGAUUUGGUAUCAUGAAAACAGAAUGAAUUGAUAUGUUGGUAUCUGCUUUUUUUCUUGUUAAUUUUUUUCCAUUGUAUGGAAUGUAUAUGAAGUAUACUUGGUUACUUUUUGAGAUUCCAAAGUACAUUUCUACCAUAAUGACAUGUUAUUGGAGUUGAGUGCAGCAUCAGAUUUGAGGAACUGACGAUUAUGCUACCUGACACAUCCUUCAUGGUGUGCUUGCAUAUCAGGUUGUAGAACUUCUCGAUGAACCUGAAUCCCCUUGCAGAAUGUUUGGACUGAAUGUUCAGUGAUGACUGGCAAUCAUCUGAAUUACAUUUCAGGCUAUUCAGUCUUGCGUCGUUGCUCGGAUCCUCACAGCAAUUCCAGAGAGGAUGUCAGGAUGGAGCUGGUUUUGGUGCAGGGAAUAGGUGUUGCUUGCAUCAGGCCUGUUGAUCACCUCUGGUUACAGGCUGUCUUCUCGUAAUUCUGAGGUAGGACUCAGCUACAUUCUUAUGGGUCACAUUACAAAAUCUUUUUCUGUUUAUAUUGACAAUUGAACUAGAAGCUCACGUCCAACAAUGGUAAGCCAAAGAAAGUCCUCAGUUCAUGUUGAAGGUAAACAUUUUGUUUGUCAGGUGCUGUAUCAGGUUACCAUGUUAUAAAUGAUUUUUAAUGCAUAAACCUUUCCAAGA